GCGUGCUGAGGAAGGGGCGGGACCAGGAUGGUUGCGCGCGCAGAGAGCUAAUAUACGGGAGAGUUCAACAUGGCGGCGACCAUGUUCCGUGCUUCGCUGCGGGGUUGGAGAGUCGGUGUCCAGCCGGGCUGCGGGCUACGGCGGCAGAGCCAGAGCAAGGGACCUCCCGAUUACCCCAGCUUUGUGGAAUCUGUGGAUGAAUACCAGUUUGUGGAGCGCCUGUUACCCGCCACCAGCAUCCCAAAGCCCCCAAAGCAUGAACAUUACCCUACUCCUAGUGGCUGGCAGCCCCCCAGAGACCCUGCACCCAACCUGCCCUACUUUGUACGGCGCUCUCGGAUGCACAACAUCCCUGUCUAUAAGGACAUCACGCAUGGCAACCGCCAGAUGACUGUGAUCCGGAAGGUGGAGGGAGAUAUUUGGGCCCUGCAGAAGGACGUGGAAGAUUUUCUGAGCCCACUGCUGGGGAAGACACCUAUCACCCAGGUCAAUGAGGUGACAGGCACCCUGCGGAUCAAGGGCUACUUUGACCAGCAACUAAAAGCCUGGCUCCUGGAGAAGGGCUUCUAGACCUAGCCGAGCAGCCUGCGCGACAGCAUCCCCCACAGAUGGGGUCCAGGGAGUCUCGGGAGGAGGGAGGUGGGUGCUGCAGCAACUAGGAUGGGGGUGCAGAGACCCGGGCUAAGGGCUGGGGCAGGGUAGAGUGAGGGCUAAAGGGCCACGGAGCUUGCCUGCAUGAAGGGGGAAACAGGACCAUCUGCGCAGGCGCCAGCACUCGGAGAGGCCUGUGUGACACUGGAGACCCACCAGAGCAGGGGUGUCAGGCUCAUUGUCACCGGGGGCCACAUCAGCCUCACGGUUGCCUUCAAAGGGCCGAAUGUAAUUUCAGGACCGUAUAAAUGUAACUACCCCUUAACAGUUAAGCGAGAGCUCGGCGCUGCUGCCUAGUAGAAAUGAGGUGCCUGGCUGGAUAAAACAAGGUGGAAGGCCGGAUUCAGCCCGUGGCCCUUGUGUUUGCUACCUGUGCACCUGAAACAGCCGAGCUAGUGGGGACAUUAGUUGCUUUCUCCCGCCACUACCAUCCCUGAUUUUGGUCUGUUCCUGCCUUUUCUUUUUUAAAUCCUUACCUGAGGACAUGCCUAUUGAGUUCGGAGAGGGGAAGGGAGAGAAACAUCCAUGAGAGAGGAACAUCGGUUGCCUCCUGCGUGUCUCCCAGUGGGGGACUGAACCCACAACCUAGGCAUGUGCCCUGACCCAGAAUCGAACCCAUGACCUUUCACUGUAUUGUACGACCCUCCAACCAAUGGAGCCACACCAGCUAAGUCUGUUGCUGCUUUUUCUUCAUCGGGGCUCCUUGGGCUCAGCUAUUCAAAUGCUGGAGGUUGUUGACUGCCCCUCUGGCGAAACCAGUGGCCCAGCCAAGUUCGGGGAACGGCAGCACAGGACAGACCCGCUGGGCGUCUGCCUUCCUGGGCCCUCCAGACUCCCCGCUGCAAAGGUUCUCAAGCCCUUGCUCUAGGCCAGACCUGGCUUGUUGGAGGCGACGGAGAAUGCAGGUGAAUGGCAUGGGCCUAGGAGUCUUCAGUUCCAAGGGCAGUGCUGGGCACUGUGCCCACGUCAGACCUUGGGCUCGUUCUUUCUGCCCACGGUGAGGUAGAAGGCCCACUUACCUUGGCUCCAUCCCGGACCAGGGUUGAGCCUGAUGGGGUUUCCAGCUCCAGGAAUCUAAGUGAUAAGCUGUAGCUGGACUGCCCACAAGGGGGUGUUUGGGAGCUCCCAGCAGGCCAGCACUGGGCCUGCUUCCCAGUGGGCUGCCCUGGUAUUAAGGGUGGACAGGGGAUUUGCAGGCAGGAAGCUGGCCUUUUGUCCCUGCCACCCCACCCCACCCCCAGCUAAUGGACCUCACCCUUGGUCUGCCACAAGGGCCAGAGCCCUGAGUUGCCACCCCUACCCCAGCAUCAGACUGGCUAAGAUAGGGUUCAGAGCCUGCUUCCCCUACUUGGUCUCUAAACUCCUUGUGUCUCAGUUUGUGUGUAAUAUGGGUAUCUCUCAGACAAGACCAGGCACGUGCAGGGUGGUGUGGCCGUAGAUGACAUGGGUGUAUCUUUCUAACAGGUGAGCGUGCCCAAGGGCAGUGCUGGCUUGUGUUAAUAAACCCUCCCUCUGGGAGGGUCCAGGCCACGAGUCUACAGCCCGAGGAAGGAUCCCGGCUCACUGACGCUGACACCAGCUCUACCAAUUGUUAAUGCGAGUUUUUAUUUGGCUGUAUAUACAAUUCAAGCUAUUAAAAUUUGUACAAUAUUUACAAAUUAAA